UGAGGAGGCAGCCAAGAGGGAGAGUGUGGCUCGUAUAUCUCAGAGGUUCACCUCGACGGUUUUGAGCUGCGGGUCCGUCUGAAUAUCUGCCAUAUUGUUUCACCGCAGUGUUUGUUUUGGGGUAAAACCCGCAGUUCAGUGUUCUCAUCCAUCGAUUAGACAAAAUCCGGCCAUCGAAUAAUUAGUCAAUUUUUAGUUGGAAUUUAUUAACGAGGCGUCUGUGAAUUCUUCAAGUGUGAGCCUCUCCUUUUGUCUGAAUAGCAAAAAAACCUGAUAGAGAGAGGAAGGGAACGUAGACAGCGCCUUGUGCAUUUUAGUCGUUUCGUGGUAAUCGUGAAGACGGUUUGGACAUGGCCUGCGCCACCCUCAAGAGAUCCCUCGAGUUUGAUCCUGUUCACAGCCAUGGAAGGCCCAGCAAACGAAGAAGAUGCGUUCCAAUGUGCGUAUCACCUGGCACACCGAGUCAAUCCACCACCAGACAACAGAAUCCAUCGCCAUUCGGUGAAGUCGCUGCUAAAUUGACGCCUGAAAAAAUGGCUGCCAACAUCAGGGAGGAAAUUCGCCGAAUGCACAGACGCAAGCAGCUGCACUUCAAUCCACAGGGAGGCAAUGGCAGCAGUGGUGACUCGUCUGAUAUGGAGGGACCAGCUAGUCCAGCUGGUGCUAAUGGGUACAGUCAGAGUCCCAGCGGCAAGGAGAAGCCACUUUUUACGUUCAGACAAGUUGGCCUGAUCUGCGAGCGAAUGCUGAAGGAACAGGAGACUCAAAUUAGGGAAGAGUAUGAUCAGAUAUUGAACAUGAAGCUGUCAGAGCAGUAUGAUGCUUUUGUUAAGUUUACGUACGAUCAGAUACAGAAGAGAUUCGAAUCGGCAGCUGCUCCAAGUUAUCUAUCCUAAGCUAGGGAUCCUACCUCUAAGGCCAGGUUUCUGUGAAGAAUAUUAGAUUUCUACCGCUAAGUGAGAGAAUUUUUUUGCUUCAAAUAAAGAGGUAGCCAGCGUCACCUCGCCAAUUACCCGAAAAAAAUAUCAAAUCAUAACCGUUGAUAAUCGACUCAACGUAACCCUUUUGAGAAUAAAACAAAGUACUUUUGGCAUAAAAGGAGGAAGUUUUAGUGAAAUAAGUUGCGUAGGCUUCUAGUUAAGAAAAAAAAAUCAACUGCAACCGAAACUCAAGUAAAUAAAGAAGAAUCCACAAUGUAUACUAGAGAACGAAUCACUAAAAAAAAACUAACAAAAUUUGUACUAUCCGAUGUUAGAAGUGCGCUGGCAUCAGGGAACUAUGUAAAUGUUGUCAACAAGUUCUUACACUUUCUUUAAAUUUUUUCAAGCAAUUUUUCUAAACACAACAUCUGUUAAAUUUAUCAUCUGCCAUUGAUCCUUUUUUGCACAAUGAACAAUUUUUGUAAAAUAACGUAGUCAUUUCUCAUAGAAUUAAUUCAACGCCAUAUAGAGUUUUGCUAGAAAAACAAGAAAAAUAAAAAAACAUAAUUUAAUUAAACGUGAAUAGAGUGAUGGAGUGACAAAUAGAAUAAUUGAAAUUGCUGACGUCAGUAUCUCACAAAAAUUGUAAAUUCUGAAUAUCGUUGUGUUACAGUUGGUCGAUAUAACCAUGACCCAAGACCCCAAAAAUAACACUUCUCAGAAGCAGAAAAAAAAUACCCUCACGUCAUAUUCACGACUAGCUGUACAAAGUUUGUAAAACUCUAGAUCAUCAUCGAGUUUCUCGAUUAGAUAAAUUCACUGUAAAAAAAUUUUUUGAUACCUGUGAAACAUAUAAAAAAAAAUUCGUUUUCUAUGUAAUCAUUUGUUCGCAAUGCGCACAUUUACCAUUAACUCCUCUCAUUAUUUUUAAUUAUACGUUAAUACCCUGUAAAUUUAGAAAGCAGGAAUUACUCUAAAACUCCAUUUGUCUAUUAUUUUAAUCCAGAAUUGUUGAAACGGUACUAUUACUCAACUCAUAUUUCCUCCAUUUUCGGGAUACAACAGGAGUUUCGAUAAAGUCAAGGCCUUGCAUUGGCUAGUCCCCAAUAUUGAACUUAAAAUUUACUGUGGAAUGCAGUGUCAUUUAUUGUAGCAUUGUGAACAAUAAAAAAGUGAAUGAAAAUCCCAGAGUUUAUCAGAUUUUUAUGCAUAGUUCGUUCCCUGGUAGCCAACAGCUCUGAAAAAUGGCGACUAAGUAACUCGCUGGAUUAACAAAACCAAUAUAUUAUGAAUGAAUACAUUUACUGUGCCUAUUCUAGACAUAUUUAUCAAGAUACCGCGGUUCAGAUGUAACAUUAUACCCAUAAGCCCCGAAUAGUUUGUAACCCACCAAAUGAAAACGAUUGCUUAUCAUUUAGUUAUCCUGUGUAACACGUCGUAAUAUUUAUUUUUAGUAAAAUUACAUAAAUCCCAAGAUUUGAUAUAAGUAAUUGAAAUUGUAUGAUUAUCGUAAAUCUAAUCGAAUGGCACUGUAUUGCCAAUGAGCUUAGUUUAAUACAGAUGAAAAAUUCUGAGACCCGAUUUUUUUCGUUCAAUCUUUAUUUUUUUAAUGUUAUGAUAAGGAUAUUUCUCAUUUUGUUUUUACGUUUAUUGCAUGAGUUGUCAUUUGUUAUUUCAUUUAUUAAUAUUGUAACAUACCUGUGACAGUGGGGAGAGAGCUUGGCAAAAAAGACAAUUUCGAUGGUCUGAUCUUUUGAUAAAUGUGUUAAAAGAACAUUUUUUAGAUGAAAUAUAUUUGAAAAUUUAUAUGUUAUGGACUAGUAAUGAAAUUAUUAUGACACAAUGUAAAUGUUAGGGGUCAAAAAAAUAUAAUUUCAUCGGCAAUUCACAGGGGUUGUUAAAUUCUAAAUAAUGAAAAUUGCUAAUUUUGCCUAGUCUCUCCCAUACAGAGCGAAAAAAAAAACUGUAAAGCAAGUGGUGAAGAACAAUGCGCCGAAGCAUUGAAAUUCGAUAUAUCGAAUACGUGUAAUAAGUUAUGUAUACUCGAAGCAAAUGAGGAACAAAAAAUUAUACUGGUUUAUGAUUAAGGAGAGACCGAGGAUACCACUGUGGAUAACGAAACUGAAGUCCUUGAAAGGAUCCGAGGGAUUUUUGAUCUCUUCAAGGGUGAAAAUACCUCCAUUAAAAGAAUGUACACUUAUUAAUUGAUUGAAAGAAUAAAAUAUAAAUCUUAAGACUGA